AGUUGUUCCUCUUUUGAUGAAUCUCCUUCAGUAUAAUGAUGCAAAGGUUGGAGAUGCAGGUCCGAUUCUUGAUGUGAUGGCAGUAAUGUUAGAGAACAUCACAAGUAUCCAAGAGGUAGAAAGAACUACUAUUGAUGUUGUUUACCGUGCUUCUCAAAUCAUAGCUUCUAUGCCAAAUUUAUCGUACCAAAACAAACAUUCCCGGAGGCUUUAUUUCAUCAGUUACUCCCUGUUAUGGUCCACCCUGAUUAUGAAACGCGCGUUGGAGCUCACCGAAUCUUUUCUGUUAUCCUUGUUCCAUCUUCUGUUUCCCCUCAGAAGGUAUCGGAGGAAACCGGCCUAAGGCAGCAGAUUUUUCAAGAGCACUCUCUAGAACUGUUUUUUUCUUCUCUUCUUCGGCUGCUCUUCUUGGAAAGCUGAGAGAUUAAAGGUCUUCUUCACAAAGGUCUUCGUCACUCGAGAAGGGUAAUCUUAAAAUAGAACAGAAAGGUAAUAAUAGUGGGAUUCUCAAUAGAAUAAAGUCAACAUAUAGCGUGGGAGGGUCUCCUGCAUAUGUUGAAGAGUCUGCAAACAAACCAAGUAGUGAAGUGGUAGGUUCUGUAACCAUCUUCACCAUCUUAGUAGAUAUAGCUAUUACUCUUAGAUUCGUUAGUAUGAUCCAUUCUACUAGCUUCAAAUCAUCGGACAUCACACCUGUUACUCUUUUACAACUCGAGCGUUUGACCCUUUGCUCACAUCCUUGGCAAAUAAAUUACUUAGACUAUAAAAUGGUCUGCCGCUUGAACAUCUUCAUCUUUGAUCAAUAGCUUGUUUUGCUGCAUACGCUUGAUAAAGCCUUCAUACUAAUUAGUUGGUGUCUUUGUAUUUGAAUCGUUUGCUUCUGUCAUAUUAUAUUAUUUCUUAAAUCUGAAUGAAUUUCACAAAAUUGUAAGCCUUUUGAGACAACUUCUAUUUAUAUUGUUUUAAUUUCUACAUCAUCCCCAUAUAUUGGCGACACUCGUAAAUUGGAUAUGUUGGGCAUUAGAUUUCAAACAUUGAUUCGGAUUGCAUGAAAAUGUUUCUACUCUUUUUAAAAUUGUACAUCCACUUAAACAUCGAUCUAUUUACAACACCCAUACAUGGAUAUGUUGGCAUUUGACUUCAACAUUCAUUAUGAAAUAAUAUUUCUGGUUUCACAGCUGUUGUAUAGAACGCAUCUUUCACUUAGAGAGCUAUACAAUGUAGUAUUAAGAUUGUUUACUAUUUCUUCAGCAGCUGAUUUUUUCUAUUUGAGUGUGUUUUAUUUGACUUCACCAAGUAGUGAAACUUAUUUCCUCAUG